UGUUGCCCCGGCCCUCAUCCAGCGUUAGCGGCGGAGUUUUCUACGGUAAAGAAGACGGAUCGGAUUUUCAGUACCAACUAGAAAGUCCAGUUCGACCGACCGAGAUGUCACAGGAGCAUGACAAUAAACGUGCGGUCCUGGUUCUCCAGAACGAGCCGGGCUACGGCAGCCAGCGUCGCUCCUUCACCACAGAAGAUGAAGCCUGGAAGUCAUUUCUGGAGAACCCGCUGACGGCUGCCACCAAGGCCAUGAUGAGCAUAAAUGGAGACGAGGACAGCGCUGCAGCACUGGGCCUGCUCUACGACUACUAUAAGGUGCCCAGGGAAAAGAGAACAAUACCGCAGAGCAAGCAAGAAUCACUGGUCUGUGAUGUGGAUCCCAACAAAAGACACCAGAUCCAGGCUGGACACUCCAUUACUCCACUUCAGGAAGCCGGUAUGGAGAACAGGAUCCAGGUUCUCAAGGGACCCUUCAAUAUUCUUCAGCUGGCCCAGGAGAAGAGGGCCCAUUUCCCUUCACCAGACACGACCGUCACGCUUUCCAUUGUGCCAAACUACCCGCCCGUCAAGACAGAGGUGCCGGCCCAUGGCUUCUCAGUGACCAUACCGAACAACUGCACCGAAACCGACAGCCAUGUGGGUGUCUUUGACCGCCAGCUCACCCACAGCACGGUCCAGUUCAGCCCCAGCACCCAGUCCCGCACGCCCCCCGACUCCACCUAUUCAGAGAGUUUCAAGGAUGGUUCCCAGGAGGUGUUUUCCUUCCCAGGGGAUCUCCAGUUACGGAUGGCCUCCAUGACGCCUGAGGAGUACCCGCCGUUUGACACCGUGCCGGGGAAUAAGUUUGAGUACACUCUUGAGGCGUCCAAGUCUCUGCGUCAGAAGACAGGUGACGGGACGAUGACGUACCUCAACAAGGGCCAGUUUUACCCAAUCACCCUCAGGGAGGUUGACAACAAAGGAAUGCAGCAACCCAUUACCAAAGUCAGGAGUGUAGUGAUGGUGGUGUUUGGAGAGGAGAAGUGCAGAGAUGAUCAGCUGAAACACUGGAAGUACUGGCACUCCAGACAGCACACGGCCAAACAGAGGUGUCUGGACAUUGCUGACUACAAGGAGAGCUUCAACACCAUCGGCAACAUCGAGGAGAUUUCCUACAACGCCAUUUCCUUCACCUGGGACACAAAUGACGAAGCCAAAAUCUUCAUCUCCGUCAACUGCCUGAGCACAGACUUCUCCUCUCAGAAGGGCGUGAAGGGUCUUCCUCUGAACUUGCAGAUUGACACCUACAGCUACAACAACCGCAGCAACAAGCCCAUCCACCGUGGCUACUGCCAGAUCAAGGUCUUCUGCGACAAGGGAGCUGAGAGGAAGAUUCGAGACGAGGAGAGGAAGCAGUCCCGCCGGAAAGGAAAGGUCCCUGACCUCAACCCUAGCCUGACCUUUGCGGAUGUCAAAUUGCCUAUCCUCCAGAAACGCAACGAUGUGACCACCUUCAAGAUGAUGAACGACUUCGAGACCCAGCCUGUCCUUUUCAUUCCUGACCUUCACUUCUCCACCUUCCAGCGCCACCCUUUCCCAACAGAAGAUGGAGAGGAAAGCUCGGGCAUGAAGAGACAACCUUUCAGUGAUGAUGAGUUCAGUUCACCUCCAAACAAGAUGGUGAGAGUGGAGGAACCAAAGAAAGUCCUGCUGUACGUGCGCAAGGAGACAGAGGAGGUGUUUGAUGCCCUCAUGCUGAAGAAUCCCACGCUGAAAGGCCUGGUGGAAGCUAUUGCAGAGAAGUACGAAUUACCUUUGGAUAAGGUUGAAAAGGUCUAUAAGAAGUGCAAGAAAGGGAUUCUAGUCCACAUGGAUGACAACAUCAUCAAACACUAUUCCAACGAAGACACCUUCCAGAUCACCAUGGAAGAGUUGGGUGGCAUGUACAAACUCACCCUCACUGAAAUCUGAUUGGACAGGAGGAGGUGACAUCACCCAGAACUGCAGGGUGGAGGACAAAUAAAACGGAGCCAUCAGGAGUAGUGGUUUACACGUCUAAUGAUUAUGGACUUGAUCUGAAACUUACAUCACGUUGUCUUUGUGCUGUAUUAACAUCAAAUAGAUUUUAAAAGACAAAGUACCACAAGAGGUAUUUAAAAGCCAUAGCUCUUAAAAGACAUGAUAUAGACAUGUAAGUUAUACAUUUUGAUUCAUUUAAAAACCUUUCUGUGCAUAGGAAGUGAGGACAGGUUUGAUUGUUAUGACUCCUUUGUUUUGUAUUCAGUAAGUUGCAUUUGUGUGCAGAGCAUUUGUGGAGCUGCUAUACCUCAUGCUAUGCAAGCAGCAGUGUUUCUCAUUUGCUUGAAUGAGUAGAAACGGCUCAUCUGUCCCUUCCUAAGGCCAUAGCACUGAUGAUUACAAUCUGUAAAGUUGAGUUAUUUAGCGCACAAAAUGAAGAAAGCAAAUUGUUGAUGGAGCCCCUGUGGUUCAGUGUUUAAUACUAAACAACAUGGCAGUAUUUAGUGUGUAAAAUCUUCUACAACCAUCCUCCAGUUAGCAUAGAAUAUUGUAAAUGUUGUAAUUUUUAGCAUACGAAACAUGUUGUAUGUGAGUGAAAUGGCUUAAAAGAUGUUUCUCAGAUCAAUUUAAAUAAUCGCCUUUUUCUAAGUAUUAAAUAGUUACUGAAUAUAUUGAUAACAAUGCUUAAACACAGCGACCCUUCCCCUGUAGAGUAGUUUUCUGAAUGUUGAUAAAAUAGGUCAAUGAAUGUCUAGCACAGUCCACACAGGCUGUUGUGGAAGUGCAAUAUGAUAUUCAGGUUCAGACACAUUCAGAGAAAAAAAAAGUCCUCUUUUGCCAUAACAACAGUUAGCAUAUCAACUGAUAAAACAGAUUUUUAAAAUGAAAAUGUUGUAUAUAUCCACUGAAAAAAAAUAUCUAUAUGAUUCCUCCUUUUGUAUCUCAGUACUUAUUGUGUCUAUAUUUAUUAAGAGAACGGAUGUGGGUCAUUGUUUUUUUUUACCAUAUAUAUCCAAAUUUCUAUUAUUCCUAAUAAUAUAAUGUUUUUCCUUUUUAUAUGAAGUUAUUCUAAUAACACAUGUCAAAGGACAAAAAGUCAUUAACAUGUUUUUAAUUGAUGUUUUUUUUGUAAAGUAUUUGAUGCACAAAGUGCCCAAUAAAUACUCUCCAGUA